UCUUCCCUCCAAACCCAGCCCUCCUCUGCUGAAUGCUGGAGUCAUCUGUCAGUAUUGCAGGGUGGUCCUUCUGUUCAUUGAGGAGGAGAAAAGUGCGUCCAGAUGCAGUGAGGCACAGCUGUGCGGCUCAGAAUAACGCGCUCCCUGCGCUGCGCACAACUCCUUUUGGGAACAAACCCAGCAAACUCGGAACGAAUGAAAUCGCAGCUCGUUGAUAUCUGCAGUGCGUCUGAGCAGCGGCAUGAUCUCUCCUGUCAACAGCAUGCUUGUUCCGGUACAACUGGCUGUCCUUCGUCUACCUCAUCUACCUCUUACUCAUCCCACUCUUCGCCGAGCCUACAAAGACAACAAUGCAGGGUCACACGGGGCGCUUGCUGAAAUCCCUGUGCUUCACCAGUAUGACGUUCCUGCUGCUGCACAUCAUCUACCAAAUCACAAUCAACAGUCUGUUAGCAGGAGACAACAUCGAGCCCAACUUCAACUGUUCAUCAUGGGAGAGAUCAAUACGGCAGCUGGGCUUUGAAAGUGUCCGAGGCGCAGACGCCGGGAACGGCAUCCGAGUGUUCAUCCCAGACAUCGGCAUGUUCGUGGUGGGUCUGGUGACGUGGCUCCUGUGCCGCAGUCUGGAGAAUGUGUCUCAGCACAACAGUGACUUUGAGCUGGACGAUCAGGAAAAGGAGGAUGAGGAAGAAAACAAGAAAAGUGAGAAACUGGAGCUUGAGGAUGAGCUGCUGUUCGAAGACUUUGAGCUGGGCGAUGAAGACUGUGAACUUCCUGAGGAAGAGGAAGUGGACGUAGAGGAUGGAGAACUUGAGGAGGCCGAUGUCGAAGAAAGCACCAAAAUGAAGAUCCUGCGGCAAAUAGCAGAUGUGGCGUCCAAACUGAAAGAAAUCAUUGGCAAUCUGAUUACCAGUGCAGGAAAAGUAGUCGUAACCAUAUUACUGGGCCUCACAGGUAUGAUGCUGCCGUCUCUGACCUCCACUGUGUAUUUCUUCACCUUCCUGGGCCUGUGCACCUGGUGGUCUUUCUGCCGCACGUUCGACCCGCUCCUCUUCAGCUGUCUGUGUGUCCUGAUGGCCAUCUUCAGCGCCGGACACCUCAUCACGCUCUAUCUCUACCAGUUCCAGUUCUUCCAGGAGGCCGUUCCGCCCGGAAACACUUACGCCAGUCUGUUUGGCAUCUCUCCUGUGGUUCAGACGGACUGCUCUCACACCUGGAUGUUCAGAGUCAACCCUGAUCUGGAGUGGCACCACUUUGUCAAUCCCAUCAUGCUCUUGGUGCUGUAUUACACCCUGGCCACGCUCAUCCGCCUUUGGCUGCAGGAGUCAGAAGACAUGCAGGUCAAAGAGAAAGCAGGAGAGACUGAGGAACGAGAGGAACCAGAAUCUUCUGAGAGCAAUAUGACGGUUUACACUGCAGAGAAGAAGAGGCAGCUGUGGCGAAUGGCUCAUUAUCGCACAGAUGAGAGACACCUGCUCACCACACAAGACGGCUGCAGCACACCUGAGGUCUGUGUUUGAGAUCGACUGUCAUUACUGAGCAUCAUAGAUGAAUACACGAGCCUGUCAGGAAACACUGUGGCUUUACUCU